AUGGCUUCAAGCCUGACCAUCGCCGUUGUUCUCCUCACAGUACUCGGAUUAGUCACAAUCGGCGUGGCCUUCACAUUCAAAUGGCGAGCAGAAGUCAGACGGAACCUACGCCUACAACGAGAAGAAAUCCGACAGAGAGAUGCCCGGGCCAUCGCAGCGCAACUCUUAUCAGCAAGACAGGUACGAGGGAGAGGAGGAAGGUCGAGAUCAGCGGCUCCAAGACCGUCAAUACCAAUUAGAACGAGACGAAGCUCGCGACGAGUCUCACCCAUUGGCCGACCUGUACAGAGAAACGAGGUCAAGAGGUCUACGACAAGGAUAGAGAAUACCGUGCAUCAACAUCAGCAGCAGCAGCAGCAGCAAAGGUCAUCAAGUUCCCCACCGCCUCCUGCUGGUGCUCCUCCUUCAUCUCCUGUUCAACCGGCAGCGCCGCCGUCCUCUCCUCCUAAACCCUCUCCUCCAGUGGCAGCAGCGCCAGAUGAUGAAUGGCAGAAUAACGAUGCGCAACCACCGACGCAGGAAUCUCAGGGAGGAGCAGAAGGACAAUAUGACCCAUGGGCAGCGAGUGAUGCAGCACAAGCGCAGAACUCUCAAGGUCCAACUGAGGGCGGAUGGAAAGCCAAUGACGCUUUCGCUCCAACACAGCACACUCAGGGACAGUCGCCAGGGAAUAGGAAAGUUGGCGACGGACAAUUGGAGAGAUCAAGACCAGAUAAAUGA